CACAGUGCUUCAUGUGUCCGGGCAGCAAGGCGCUCCCCUGGCUGCGCCUCCCGGGUAUAAAUUCAUGUCAGCGAUGUUGUCCAGUCCAUCUAACUCCUGACUAACAGAACUUUCUACUAACAGGAACAUCCUUUGCCCUUCCAGAGUACGACGAGAGGUCUGACCACAACAAUGAGCAGCCAGUCUGCCAUCAACAAAGAUGUCUUCAUCCCCAGCGAUGAGCGGAUGCUGGUGGCGGUGGAGGUGCGGAGGAGGAAAAAGAAGAGGAUGUCCUUCCUGUCUCCCGUAUCCAAAGGCGACUAUGCGACAUUCAUUUGUGUGUCAGUGACCGACACCAGGCCACACCAGCUUAUCAUUUCAAAGGUGAAACGCUUCAGUGGCGCCUCGACCUUCACAAGGACGUCCCAGUGGGCGGUGGAGCAGCUGAGACAGGUCAACGGCAUCAACCCCAACAAGGACUGUCCUGAGUUUGACCUGGUCUUUGUCAACAUGGCGGAUCAGUGGGUGGCCAGCUCUGCGGCAGAGAAGUGUAUUCUGGUCCAGAUAUUGUAUCGGGCUUGCCAGACUCACUGGGAGGGGAAGUCAGGAAGUCUGGUCAAGACAAACCGCCAGGGGGCCCAUCAGGUUCCGGAGGUUGGUCCUAGUGACUCCUCCCCUUUACCGAGAACACAACAGGCCCGACGGAAAAGCUUGGUUGUACCCAAACUACCGGAGUUCAUCAACUGCCCGUCCAAACUCACCAGAGAUGCCUCCACCAUGAACCUGUUCAUCUACCGCUGCAAAGCCUUCUUCAACCACUUGAAGAACAACAUGGCCGCACAGCAAAGACACUCACUGAGUAAAGCAGGUCAGGCUGAAGUGCGGGCAGCAGGGGGCGCUGUGGGUAAUGCCGUCCAUCGCAUGAACGUGGUUCUGGGCGAGCGUGGCGACAGGCUGACUCCAGCUGAAGACAAGACUCUGGGGCUGGUGCACGCAGCCCAUCAGCUUGCAGACAACGCUCACAAGAGAGCACUGAAACACGGCAAGUAGAGUCGUCCAAACUGCCCAUGAGAAGAAUCUCUCAAGAGGAUCAUCUGCCAGGGUUGCCAUGUAACCUUUGCUGUCCAUGUUUGGACCACAGGACCCCCGUGGUGCUCGUAUUUCAUUUGCACAGUUCCUUCAAAUAAGCGCUGCUAGUAAUACUGCUGAGAUGAGUGUAAAACGUCCUUCAUUGUUAUAUUAAGUUGCACUUCAGGGUGGAAUAUCUGUGUCUUCAUGUUGUAUCCACGGUUCGUCUUCGUCCAUGUCCUCCAUGUUCUAACCAAACGUUGUCUGUGUGUCUCCGUCCACCGUGAGUUGGAAGUUCAUCACCCAAGGUGAUGAAACCCCCACCAGAAACCCCGUAAACCCGUUCCAAUCCAAAAAAUGAAAGAUCCACUUUCACCAGGGUAAAGCUAACCCAACACAAAGUAAUGCUAAAGUUUAGCUUCAUCCAUUUCAUUUGGGUGUCCAAACUGUUUCCAGCGCGGACCACAUAGUGAAAAAUGAAAGGAUGCACACUUUGGACAACCCUGCUAUAGAAAAUUGCAGUGAAAAAAACUAAUAGUAGUAUUUGUAAUAUUGUCUGUGCUAUUGGAAUUCUUGUUGUUUUCUUGUCUUAUUGUCUUAUUAAGUGUGCAAAUAAAUACAAUUAAAUGCAAAAUGAAGCUUAUAUAUCAAAGUACAAUUUUUACUUUUAAGCAAAAAUUUUGUCAAUAAUUUACUACUACUAUAACAAAAAAGCAGAACAUGGCGAACCAAUGGCAGCCUUUAGUACCUAAAAGCAGAACAUGAUGGAAUGACUUUGCGUAGAUUAAGAAGACAUAGUGAAUAAAAGUUAUCCUCCCA